AGUGGAUAGCGGUGGCGAGAGAAUGGAGAGAAAGGUGGCCGGGCCUGGUUCACAAUUGAGAGAGUCGGAUUACAGCAAAGAGAACAUGAAGGCGACUGCUAUUGCCGAGAUUCAUUCGCUGCUGGUGAAAGAAACGCAUCAUCAAAAAGCGAAUAUAGAGAAACAAAUAUCGGACGCAAAGAAGAAAAGUGAUGAACAUUUUAAGACAAUGGAGAGGAAGGUAGAGGAGCACGCAUUACAGUUGGAUGAGCGUGAAGAGAAGAGAGAGAAGACAGUGGCCCAGUUCCAUUAUCAGGUCGAAGAAAAGGAUCAUCAUGAAAUGGACAAGUUAGAGCAAGAAAUACAGGGUACAAAGGAACUGUUUAAAGAAAUUGCUAAACGUGUGGAGGGAAUCGAGAAGAAGGUGGCCGAGCACGCUUUACAAUCGGAUAAGAUGAGUUCUAGUAUUAAGACGAUAGAGGAAACGAAUACCCGGUUCCAUUCACAGCUGGCAAAAGAAACGAAUCGUCAACGAGAAAAGAUGGAGAAGGAGUUAAAGGAUUUAAAAGAACUCAUGAAAGGAAUUUCUCAACGCACUGAGGAAGUGGAAAAGAACGAAACCGAUCACGGUUCUCGUCUGGAAGAAAUUGAUUCUCGCGUAGAGAGAAUCAUGAAUGCGGAAAUUGCUCGAUUUCAUUUGCAGUUGGAAGAAUCGCGAAGAUUCCUGGAGGAAAAAUUGAAGAAGGAGAUGCGAGAUUUAGGUGAUGAAGUCAAGAACCAAAGCGCAUACCUCUUCACUCAUCAAGAAAAUAUGGCCCUUCUUCGCCGUGCUCUGGGCGACCUGAAUGUAAGGUUUCAAUGUAAAGUCAACAAGUUAGAUAGGCGAGUUGAUAUCUUAUUCCCACGUCAGAUAAUUGAUGGUCCAAUUGUACCCACUAGGCUUGGAUAAGUCCUUGUAAAAUGGCUAAUUAUCUGGUAAUGAACAUGUUUAAUUGCGGCUGUUUUCCCAGUUGCUUUUGUGGGUAUAUCAGUGGGUCAAACCUUCCCAAGGGUGAAUAAAGACUUGUAUACUAUGUCGAAAACAAAAAUGAUUUUUUUCCUUUCCUUAAAAAGAGAUAGUCACUGAUUAGUUUCCCAAAAUAUGGAUCAAAAUAUGAUCAUUAACUUGCCAAACAUUUUGAAUCUGUGGCGUUUAAUGUAUUUUAUGUAAAAGAACAUGAAAUGCAGAUAGAGGCGUAGGGUUAGGCUCUACUAAAACUUCAGCUCAAGGUACAUAAAAAUCUAUCAUAAAUUUUGUAGAAUUUUUGAGUUUGUUAAGUAUAGCCAGGCGAAGCCUGAACAAAGUAAUGUUUUAAGAAUUGGGAGGGUUGACUUUUAACUGAAAAAAAGUUGCAAUUAUUGAUUUGGUGAGAUUGCUGUCUUACCUUAUGGUCACGACCAGGCUAAGCCUGUGUGAAAUAGUGUUUGUUUUUUUUAGCAAUUAUUAGAAUUAUAAAAGGUACAAUGAAGUGAGUUAUACAAAGUAGUUCGAGAUUUUAGUAGUUUUGAUUUCCCUUGCAUUGUGACCAAUUCAGAAAACGCGCGGCACUCUCUCGACCAAUCACAUGCGAGACUCAAGACAGACAUGUACGAUUUUGACUCACCAGCUUAUUUUCCCAUCUUUGGGAUAGUUAGCGUGCUUUAACUUUGAGUUUUCGUUCACUCCAAAGUAAUAUUUUUCUUUAUUUUGAUUAACAUCCCUGAUUACUGUCAAUCAAGUUUUCUUUAUUGUUGAGAGAUAUUGUUUAAUUUUUAAGAUUGAUUACUUCUAAUUAGGCCAAUCCUGGCAUUGUGAAAUGGUGUUUGACACACUUACUAGCAUGUUAGGAAUUAGGAAAGUUUAAAAGGAGGAAAUAAAGUGGCAUAAGCAUUGUUAUAUGUAGUUUUUUCAGAUUUUUUAAAAUAUAACUAGGUUAACAAGAUAAUUUAGUUGUAUUAAAUGAGUUGCCGAGUAAUGUAAACUGGCCUUCGUAAAGCGUUUAAAAGUUCACGUUUGAAGCGUAAACACUUCGUUAGAGCGGGCUAACGCUCGAAACGUCUGCUUUUAAACUCUUUCCGAGGAAUAAUUUGCAUUAUUAUCUUAGUUGUGAAAACCAAACAAUCUUGUUAUACUCCCGCACCGAGGCAACACUACAGUUUCUUUAGAAAGUCGCCUCAUAUAGUAUAACUGGGUCAGUAAGCCUGAACGAAAUAAUAUUUUAAACAUGCAGUUAUUAGAAUUAGAUACGCUGUGUAACAAACGAAAAGCUUGGGUAUGGAUGAUAUGAUGAAGUUUUUUUUUUUUUUUUCACUUUUGUAGAGUGAAACCAGUAGUGUUUCGUACAAUGAUUUUGUAUAAUGGUAGCAAAUAUGACGACUUUCAAAUAAUUUGUAAGUUAGUAUUAGAUUCAUUAUCCACCAGUUAAUGUCAAGUUUAUAUGACACUUGUUUUUCAUCUGCAAAUUUAUUUUGAUUAUAACUAAUUCUU